CUAAGGCAGUAAAGUUACCUUAGGUAAGGCAUUUUGAGCUUCACUUGGGAGCCUCAACGUUGGAAAGUUCUAAAUCUGACUUUCCGUCUGAAACUUCCUCAUUUAUGAAAUAUCCGCUUUAGUUAAGUGGCAUACUCCCUGUUAAUAUGCUUUCUGAACAUAAAGCUCAUAGUUAUUUCAACUCAAUUUAGUUGCACGCCUUGCUUCAUAUAUACUUUGUAUCUCUCAGUAUACGUCUAUGAGAACAGUCUUUAUUCGUCUCAUAUCAUCGUCACCAUGGAUUCAUCGAAGGAGAAAAUCACCGAAUGGUAUCCUAUCAGACAGUUCCUGAAUUAUCCUGGAUACGACUUUGCCUUGGUCAUUCUAAACCAACCAAUCAUAGAUGAAUGCUUGUUCAAGGACAUUUGGAGUAUAGCGAAAACCUGCGUUGCUGCCGAUGGUGGCGCCAACCAUGUUUAUGAUCUCAAUCGAAAAUCAUUAACAAAAGAAGGCCAAAAUCCAUCUUCCGCUGGUGAUUAUGUAAACCUGAACACAAUAAUUGGCGACCUAGAUUCUCUAUCCGAUGAGGCUAAAACAUUCUUCACCACUAAACCGGCUAAUUGUACAAUCAUUCAUGACCCAGAUCAAUACUCCACCGAUUUUACUAAAGCCGUUAGGUUAGUUCGCAAAGACUUCCCAGGAAAGGAUAUCGUCUGUAUGGGCGGUCUCGGGGGACGUGUUGAUCAGGGGCUAAGCCAAAUACAUCACCUGUAUCUCUUUCAGACCUCGCCGACCUAUGCUGAUGGCAAGAUGUUCCUUCUGUCUGGAGAGAGUUUGUCCUUCCUCCUCAAGGCUGGGAAGCACUGUAUUCACGUACGCGAACCUAAUAUCGCCGUUACCAACUUCGCCCGCAUGAGCGGCGACCCGUUCGCCAAGUACGUCGGCAUUAUUCCGGUCAAGGAACCGAGCGUUAUCACCACCAAAGGUCUCGAGUGGGACGUUGAGGAUUGGCCAACCGAGUUCGGAGGCCAGAUGAGCACAAGUAACCAUGUUUUGCCAGAGACCGAGGUAGUCGAAAUCAAAACCACGAAGGAUGUGCUCUUCACCAUUGCAUUAAAGCAGAUGACAAAAAUGAGUUAAACAAGUUGGUAGAACAAUUAGAAGAGUAUAAUUUUUGGUAUAAGGCAAUCUUAUAUUAUUAGACCUGCGGUAAACAGGAAUAUUCGCCGGAAUAAGAGGCGGGGUCCAUUUA